ACUAGAUAUAGGGAAGCAUAAAUUGGCUCCAGUUGAAAGUUCCUCUAAAGUGCAUUUUCGGUUGCGCGCUAACAACGAAAACAAAGCAUAUAAGCCUGUUGUAUCAAAAAGAUGCUUUUUUUUUAAUUUCUAACGCAUGGAUUCAAAUUUCUUGCAUAGUGCAAUUUUUAGUCUGGCUAAUAAAAUUAUAACCUUGAGCAACUUUUUAGAUUUGGUAAAAGUUAUGGGAAUUGAGCGCAUAGCUUCAAUUUCGUAUGAAGCCGUGACAAUUAUAAUAAAUGGCGGCUGAACGCUAUCAGUUACGUAUGACAUAAAUAAGUGUAUGCAUAUAAAUAUAAAGUGUUGCACAAGCAAAGACAACAGUGUACAUACUUGCAAGUGUACUCAUAAAAACCAUGCAGUUGUAAUCAAAAGCAAAAAUUAAGCAAUUGUUUUGGUUCAUUUAUAUUAGCAUAUUGUGCAGAAAUGUUUCAAAGGGUGGUCGAGAUGACUAGUAGUUUUAUAAUCGAAUUUAGUGGAAUUUCAUCCGAAGAAUAGUGACAACACAAGAUGGGUUCCAAUCAUUGGUUAUUGAUGCUUAGCUUCUUUUAUUUGUUUCAAUUUUCUUCGCCUACGUUACAUGACCUACACGAUGUUAUAAACUUUGCCAAUGUGGACUUCAAAAAUUUUAAAUAUUUUAAAAAUCUACCAACUGAAAAUCCAAAAACAGCGUCAUCCGCUAAUCAUUUCUUGGAACAUUUUCAGAAGAAAAAGGCUAUACUGGACUAUUUUGAAAAUUUAUUCUUUGGUAAUUCUCCGUUCAUACCGGAAAGUGAAAUUCCCUUUGAUCCUCAUUUCGGGAGAAAUUGGUGUCCAUAUUAUACAAAACGUUAUGGUUGGCGAGGCUAUCGUUUGAUAGACGCUUUAGGUCGAGGUGGUUUCAGUGUUAGCAAUUAUCUGCAUUGAAUUCUUUUCCUAAAUG